AUGGCGCCAGAACAAUCCUCGAAAAAGCAAUUUCAUAGCACAUCCUCUCCAUGGGAGGCCCGCAUUGGGUAUUACCGUGCGGUGCGUCGUGGAAAUCAGAUCUUCGUAUCUGGAUCAACCGCCGCGGAUCCUGAUUCACCACCAGAGGCGCCCACCGUCCGUUUUCCAGGCGAUGCUAGACAACAAACACGACUUAUACUGAGCGAGAUCAUUCAAGCUAUCCAGGCUGUUGGAGGACAAGGCGCAGAGAGCAUAGUGAGAUGUCGGAUGUUUGUUAGCAGGAAAGAAGACUGUACUGCAGUUGGAGAAGGCUUCAGAGAGAUCCUGGGGAAGCAUCAUGGAGGGCAGGUCGGUGCUGCUGCGACGAUGAUCGUGGUGGCAAAUGGCUUUGUUGACGAUAAUAUGCUUGUCGAGAUUGAGGCCAAUGCUAUAGUUGAAGAAGAUUGA